AUGUCUUUCACAAUGGAAACAUUUAAAACGCAAAUGGGAUUUCGCGAGUACAGGACGCGCAAUAAAUUAUCGAUGGAACAACGGAUGAUGGUAAUUAAAUCGUAUAAACAGACACCGAACUACCAACGUCUGGCGAAUUACUUCGGUUGCAGUCCAAAGCAGAUAAGGAGUAUUAUCGCUAAUAAAGAUGAGAUCAAGCGCUACCACAAAAAUGAACGUGCCAACAAAUUAGCAGAAGAAAUUGCCAAUCGACGUCGAGAGAAGAUUGACUUUCUCGGCAAAGUGGUCUAUGAGUUUCUACUACGCGCUCUCUAUCUUCGCAUGCCAAUCGAUACAUCGAUCAUACGACAGAAGGCAUUUGAAGUGAAAGAGGCAAUAGCUAUUGAAAAUUUUACACCAAACAAUGCUUGGUUGCAAGCCUUCAAAUCGAGUUACAAUAGAUUGGAUUUAACGGCAAUGAUGGAGCAAUUGCCCAGUUAUAUGGAGAAGCGACGUUCGUUGAAGUGUAUCGAUAUAAUUGAGUUUGUAAGCAAACAAGAGAGAGAGGAGAAAGAAAAAACACAUAAGGAGGCAGAUGAGAAUUGCAACAGUGUGUGGAAAAAUGAGCACUCCAAUGGAAGUAGUCGGUAUGAAAGCGAAAAGGCGAUACAGAAUUUCAUGGAAUCUGAAAAAGACGAUGACGAUUAUGUAGCGUAUGGCAGUACUGAAGAUGAUGCUGAUGUGGAGAAUAUUGAGAGUGGCGGAAAUAUGAGCACAAAAGCUGCACCAAUUGUCGUCGAUCUUGAUACGGAUGAGGAAGAGGAAGAGAGCGCUAUGGUGCCAUCGGUGGAGACUGUAUCAGCCAACAUAAGUUGUGAUGCGAGCAAGCCUAUUUUAAAACCCUCAACGCUCCCACCUUUUCCCGAUAUACACAGCUAUCCGGAAGCCAUGCGUCAUCUGAAAGUGCUGGAAGAUUUUGCGAUGAUAGAAGAGAACUAUCGCGCUAUUGGCUUGAUAACGCAACUGGAGCAAAUUUUCAAGAAUCCACCCAAAUUGAAGAGCUUAGUGCAUUGA